CAAAGAUGCAGGAUGUCCUCUUUCAAUAGUCAACACUCCGGAAGUGAUCGUGUCAGAGGGGUAAAGAGAGCCGUUACCCUGAAUAACGAUUAGAUAUACCCCGAAUCCUCGAUUUUAAAGUUCUAGAACGGGGUCGUCGUAGGGGGCACCGAUAUUCAGAUAUUGCAACGAAAACAAUUGAUGCAAACGUGAGCCAUACUCGUCAAGAUGAGUGUGUUGUGUCGUAAAACCCGUCCCUAGUGUUUACAAUCGUUCUUUAUGAAACUAAUCGUUGUUGUGAUUUCAAAUCGGAGCAAGUAUUCAUAAAACUUUGAUAGUGAUUGCUCGAUUUUCGAAUCAAUCCAUUCGAGAUCAAUCAGAGUAUAUAAUAAAAAAAGCAAUUUAUGUGAAUAUAGUUGAUUGUAUUUUUGCGUAUUACUUCAAACUGUAAUCUCUUGUUACGAAAAUGGCGCAUUGUCCGAAUCGCCGAUAUUCGUACGAAAAUUCUGUACGCUUUUACAUGGAUGACACGAAGUGAACUUUCCUGCAACUCUAAUGCGGAAGAACUUUAUUGGGGCCAAGUAACACAAAAAGAUUUCGAACAGUCUAAAAGAUGGAUGCAACAAUUGAGAGGGAGUGCAGUGCUUUGGGUGGCCUUUUUCAACAGAUUAUAACUGACAUGAAGAAUGGGGCUCCAUUAUGGGAAGAUUUAAUUUCAAAAGCAACUAAAUUACAUUCAUGUUUAAGGGCUGCUAUUUUGGCUGUAUCUGCAUAUCUUGAAACAUUUCAAAAAAUUGCUGAUGCUGCUACUAAUGCAAGAGGUGCAACGAAAGAGAUUGGUACUGCUUUAACACGGAUAUGUCUUAGGCAUAAAGCAGUAGAAACACGUAUGAAAUCAUUUACCAGUGCUAUAAUGGACUGCUUGGUAUUACCUCUUCAAGAAAAAUUAGAAGAUUGGAAAAAAUCCUUAAUAAACUUAGAUAAGGAACAUGCCAAAGAAUACAAAAAAGCAAAAGCAGAAUUAAGAAAACGAUCUACUGAUACUUUACGUUUACAAAAGAAAAAAGCACGUAAAAGUCAACAUUUACAAGGACAAACUCAAGGAUAUGGUUCAUUAACAGGGGACAUCGAAUUGAAUCGAAUGUUAGAAUCUUCAGCUGCAGUAGUUCAGGAGAAACGUUUAAGUUUAGAAGAAACUGAAAGAAAAGCUGUUCGAGCAGCUUUACUUGAAGAAAGAGGCAGAUAUUGUCUUCUUGCUAGAUUUUUGAAACCAGUACUUGAUGAGGAAAUUGCAAUGCUAAUGGAACUCACGCAUCUUCAAGAAGUUUCUGAUCAAUUACAACGACAUGCAGCCUCUCCACAUCAUUUACCACCUGCAUCAGAACAAGUGAUAACAGAUAUAAAAGGUUGCGACGUUACACAAUGGUCACUUGCUACGCCUCCAUCGAGCCCUUCCUUGUCUCUUGGGUCACGGAAAAGUUCAAUGUGUUCAAUCAGUUCUUUAACAAGUAGCAGCAGUGGUUCCUGCAAAAGUCACCCAAGUCCAUCUGGACAUCCGUGGCAUAGAUCGCUCUCUCAGUCUGUCGGUGUCAGGCCCUCCAGCAUCAGCGGUUUGAUGACGCUGCGCCACUUGGCAAACGGUAGUUCCCGUGACUCUGGCUUCACUUCUCAGGACACAUUGUAUACACAACCAAUUUCUGAACAUCAGGUAUCAAAUGUGUCUUCUCAAACUAAUAAAAAUACUGGUUGUACUACAACAAGACCUGUAACUACUGCUACUUGGCCUGACUUGCAGGAAACGUCAGUUCAAUAUGAUAGGCAAAAUCAGAACACAGUCAACGAACGGCCGCAUACUAUAUCUUCAGCUUAUGAAAAAGGCCAUCAAAGACCAGCACUCAGCGUCUACACAUUCCAAGCUCCGGAUGUUAGUGGUUGUUGUCAUAGUCAACCUGCUUCUCCAGUUUCUUCUUCCUCUUCAUGUUCUUCCUCUAAUCAAGCAUCCAGAGUACAACUACGUAGGAAUAAUGGUAGUAAUCGUCCUCCUAUACCGAAUAGAUGUUCCAGUUUAGAACGACCUACAGUUCCAUUGAAGAAUGAACCUCCAGGAAGUCCUCGGGGCAAACCUAAAUUACCACUGCCAGCACAUUUAGCAAAAGAAUUAGCAACUCAUCAACUUCAACAACCUAUGUACGUGAAUAUGCAUGAAUUAGCGAACUUAGCUGCAAGUCGAGCUCAAGAAAUGCAAUUACCGUUACCACCACCUCCUGCAUCACUGUCAACACCAGGAGCCGAGAAGACUGAAGUUACGGAAAAAGAUGGCGGUAGUCAAACUUCAGAAUCUAGCGUUGAAUCUAGCAGUGGAUAUGGAAGUCAAACUACAAUACCACAUUCGCAUUCGCUUCAAAAUCAAAAUGAGAAUACUUGGAAUGUACCUGGUGCUGCAUCUACUUUAAUGAUUCGAAGAGGAUCGAUGCAGCAAGCGAUUAAACCUCCUCCGCCAACAAGACGUACAUCUACUAUCAUAACUGCUACAUUUAAUAAUCCUUCAACGACUUCUAAUGAUGAACGCACCGAUAAUACUUGUGAUGAGGUUGAAAAUCUCCCCCCACCACCAGCAUUUUUAUUGGAAGGUUCUUCACCAACAGCUAGCCCUACUCCUCAACGAUCUAUAUCAGUCUCGGAAACAGUGAGAACCCUUACAGAACUGCGCCAUACUCCUGCUAGCCCUUCUCUUUUACGGAAAGCUACAGGGCAAACACAAGCGCAUAAUAAUACAUCUGCUACGUUACCACAUAAUACCGUACUACAAGUUACUCGAUCAAGCGUUGAACGUUCAUGUGCAGCCAUUCGUUCAGCUUCUCAAGAACGUGGUUCAAAUACCACGCAGGUGACGGGAGUCAGUACGAGUGUUAACAUUCAAGGGCAAGGUCCAGGUGGGGUCGGUCAAAGUUUUAUGGCCGUUCUUAGUGCUAAGCUUAUCAAUAGUAACAAUACUACAACUGGUAAUAACACAAGUAACAGUCCUAAAUCUGCAAGGAAACAUUCUGAACAACAGAUAAGUAAAAAUUCCAAAACACCGUCUGGUUUUCUUGAAACAUUAAAUGCUAAAUUAGCGCAACAGCAACAGAAUUUACAAGGUAAUAAUACAACAAGUAGAUCAGCGAGCGUGAGACGCAUAAUGGGUAAUCGUGUACCUAUUAUGGAUCCUUUACAAGUUAGGGACUCUCUUAUGGAUCAGAUACGAAAAGGUACCUCUUUAAGGAAAACCAGUGGUCCCAUCAAUGAUCGUUCGGCUCCUAAAAUCUAUUAAAACGUUAUAGUACCGGUGUUCACGUAAGUUCCUCUAUGUCUGAUGCAUCUGAAUUACAUUAACGAAUGUUUCAACAGUCGCAACACGCAUUAUUGGGCCUGAUCAAUAAUGUGUUUGUCGUCAAUGACGAUUUUUACACGGUGAUCGUAUACAUGUACCUUUAUGAACGUAUAUUCGGUAACUAGAAAUCAGUAUAGACUGACUGACUUCUUUGCACUAUGGUGCACGAGGGUCGGAUUGAAAGAGUAAAUCGUUUACAUAAAUUCGUUAACACUAUUAUUAGUUUUAUUAUUAAUUGUGUAAGAAAGACAAGCUCUAUAUUAAAUCCAUCCUUAAUAUAUACUAUUUUAGUGCGUGUUAUGAUAUAACAUACUACUAUAUAAUUAAUAUAUACCUAUUAAAUUGGUGCGGAAUGAACUUACCUUAAUUAUUCAGUUAGAGUCUGAUGGCAUUGUAUGUGUAAUUGAUAAUUAAAAAUAGUAAGAUUUAAAUAAUAUAUUUAUAAAUUAAAAUAAAGUAGCAUAUUAAUAUAAACACAUACGCAUCAUUUCAACUUUUUUUAGUUUGAACUGAUGUUUCGUUACUAAUGCCCAAUGCUUGCCAGUAUUAACGGGAAAGCUGACUGAUUUAACAAUAUCUUAGGAACAAUUUAAUAUUUUAUACUUUCAUAAAAAAGAGGGAAAGAAUAUACAAAAUCCGCGUAUAAUUUAAUAUAGAGCUUCUGUCUUAUAUUGUUAUUUUUCAUGUAGUUAAUUCAUUUCUUCUUUGUUUUCGUUCAUUUUCAUGUAUGAAACGCACAAGCACAGUUAUCUUUAUUUUAUUAUUGCUUUUGUGUUUUAUUUGGCAUCAUGUUCCUUGCGAACACACUUUCUGAUAGUAAAAUCUGUCAACCAGUGAUGCUAAUUGGUAUGACGAAAUUCAACGUAAAUAUUAUAUAAAUAUUACUGCCCAGGUAGAACUUUAUUUUAGAAUAAGUUUUUAUAUUGGCUCGAUUAUUCCAUCGAUAUCUGUAUUUUAACGUUCAUCUAAUAUUGAUAUAAUAUUGUAUUGCCUAUACUACAGUAUUACUAUUUUAUUGCCGCUUUUUUCCAAAAGCGUUUCAUAAGUCAGUUACAUAUUGUAUUAAACAUUUUGUACGGUGUUGACAGUAGAGUCCACUAUAAUAUAUACAAUUUAUUUCUUUCACACACAUCGAUACUUUUAUUUUUCAUAUUAGCAGGUAGUAUCCAUUAUUGAUACGAAUAUUAUACACGUUAGAAUGAUUCGCGAAUCAACAUUUGACUUGUAUAUUGAUAUUACAUAUCAGACUUUUUGUAUCGCCCUGAUUUUUUAUAUUAAUAUUAAGUAUUGUAUCAUACUGUUACAGAAUUGUUAAAAUAUGUGCAUUUACUAAAACAUGUGUGCAUUUACUAUUGUUCGAGUACUUGCUAGCAACGUUCGGCCAACGUUCCAACAAUAUUGGGCCAACAUUUCGUCCCAGUAUUUGCGUUCUGCCUGGGCAACGCUGUUCCAUUAUCGGUAAAUAUUAAAGUAAACGUGUAUGUGUGUCUCAGAUCGGCAAAAAAGUGGAUAGUACGUUGAUACGAUGGUUUUCCUUUUACUUUGGCAAAUAUACACCAACAUUAAGGGAGCAUAUACAUUUAGGAUAUCUAAAGGGAGAAGUUUUCCCAAGCUUCUGCAGUUGGAUCUGUAGUUGAAAAUAUAUAUUCUGAAGAAAGUUUACUUUUCAUUUGAAAUGUGAAAUGAUGGACAUUAUAAAAAGGCUGGAAAUAACCACUCAGAAGGUAUAUUUUUAAUUUACAUUCUCAAGGUGGUUUCCUAUGAGUUUUUGUAUGUAUCCAACAUGCUCUCCUUUAGGGAUUUGAACUUGUUACUCUUCUGUACAUUUUAGAAUCUUUAUUUCUAGUAUUGUUGUAUCAGUGAUAAUUUUAUCAUUUUCCAGAACUUUAAACUAAAAUUUAUGCGAGAUUAUUGGUGCACAGAAAGCAAGAAAUCGAAAGUUACAAAAUUUCUAAGUGUAUAUGCCUACUUAUGCAAACUUAUGUUAAUAAGAAUCCCACUGUAACAAAGUAUUAUUAUCAUUCGUCUCGAUUUUUAAGUUAACUGCUAGAGAUUAAGAUUUUGUAAUCUCUAGUAGCGAUGGGUAACUAUUCCCAAGGGCACUGAUGAUUCAAUAUAAAAAUUUGAACUUUUCAAAUGAGCGAAUUUCUAAAUUUCUAAGUUUACAAUUUUUAGAUUUCUCAAUUUAAAAAUUUGAGAACUGGAAAAUUUGAAAUUUCUAUUUUUUUCCAUAUUUGACGUUCCAAAUGUUUACAUUCCUAAAUUUAGAUAUCUAAAAAUUACAGUUUAGAAAUUUAAAAAUCUGAAAGUUGAAAAAUUUGGGAAUUUAUUUACAUUCCUAAAUUUACAAAUGCUCAAAUUUGAAAAUCCGUAUCCACGUAAGCUGUUCGACGGGCACCUGCCCAUCACUGAUCUACAUUGUAUCGUUAUUUAUUAGUACGCGUAAUGUACUAUACUCUCUCAAAACGAAUGUUUCCGUAGGCGAGUACGAGAUACCUGAUUUGUAUCGAAUACGUUAAAAAUCUCUUACCGACUGAACUGAAAACGCUACUGCCAAUUUCUAUAAACAUUCUUCAACGUUCCUUUCAUUCCUGAUGCAAUUAUGCGUUUUUCUUUGUAUCGACAUAUUGCGACCAGUAGGUUUCUUAGCGGACAGUAUAAAUAAUCUUUUAUUUAUUUCGAGGAAGCUGCGUCUUACCGUUUACAAAUGAUUAUAGAGAUAAUACUACACUUCCACAGUCGAUACGGUUUAGAUAUUUAAUGCUGAAAAACAAUAAACAUGGGUGUUCGUAGUAGAUAGUACGAAUAAUUAAUAUAAAAAAAGAAAAUAAAAAAAAUAAAGCGAACAUUGUACGAAAAAAAACUCACGAUCCGUAGAUGUUCAGAACUGUGUUUUAAACCGAUCAGCAUUAAACGACAACACUCUUAGAUAAUAAAUAAAUGCCGUACUAAUAAAUAGAUAACCGUACAGUCCUCUGUAAGAGAAUAAUAUAUAAUGUAGUAAAAGUUCGAGAAGUGAUUGUUAAUUUGUAAUAAUUAUUUCAGUAGCAGAUCAGAUGAAAAAGAUAAUAAAUAGAUAUGUAACAGGAACCGAUAUUCGCUUCUUUGCGUGUUCACUUGUCAAUAUAUAAAUACAUAUACAUUAUAUAAAUAUAUAAUAUAUAAAAACAGAAUAAAUUAACCAAUUUAAUACGUCAAAGGUUUUAUUCAUAAAUCAGUCAGUUCAUUACAAAAGGAAAAAUAAUCCUUAACAACUAUAGUGACAAUGACGACAAAUUAUGUUCACACGUGUGCUGCACAUGCGAUUGCUUAUUUUAUCAUUACUCACAAUAUUAACAUAAAUUAUUGUAGAUAAAGAAACAGUGGAAUUAUGUAUAUACCUCGCGUGAAGUUAGAAAAAUAGCGUGAUAUCCUUGUAAUCGAAAUUCCGACACCUACACGCAUAUACAUAUUCUCACAUACAAAAUACAAGAUCAAUUUUCCAUCGCAGUUCUGACUUUUCAUCACAUUCGCUUAUCGCAACAUUGAUAUAAACACUACAUGUGUUUCGCGUCAAAUGUUUCGAGUUAAGCUGUGAUUAAAUCGGCAAGCAAUGAAUGUUAAUUCAGAGUGUACAUACAUCGAAAAGUAUUGUUACGUUGCCUUCUCAUAGUAUAGCAACAGCUAAAUCUAUCAGUAUAGAAUUUUGAAGUAUUUUAUUUACAACAAUAUUUCGAUCGUUUUAGACAAAAACGCAAUAGAAUAUAGCUCGUUCAUCGCUUGCCUACUUGUGAUUUUGUGAAGUUUAAUCCUUUUGGUAUGGUUAGUCUUCAUGCUUUCUAUUAUUUCUCAAUUUAGAAAUUUGGAGAUUCAAAGUUUCUUAAUUUCCAAAUUUCUAAGUUUAAAUUUUUCGUCUCAUCGCUUCACGCCUUAACACACAUGUACCCGAGAGUUCUUCGCCGGGCGCUUGAGCUAACCUAUAACAAAUAGUAUAGUUCUGUUCACAAAAUUUCAACAAGAAUUUUUUUUCUAAUUGUCACAAUUUUUUUUAUACUUCCUAUUCUGAAAUGUAGACGUUUCACGUUGGACGACUGUAGUUGCUCUUAGAUCAUUUCAUGAUGAACCAGUGCAGAUAUAACCUGUAGUCAAGCGACUAUAGUCAUCCAUAACAGCUAAAGUAUGAAGCAUAAUGUAAUAAAACCAAAAGUUAUUUGAAUGUAAUCAUCGUUCAGCUAAUCGACUAAGUAUAACGUCCAUAUCGAAAGGGUUAAAUGUUACAAGAUCAGUUGAACCAUGAAGCAGGAAACCCUGAUGCUUAUGCGCAUGGAAUCUUUUCUUCGUUCGAACAGGUAGAUCGUGCCUCUGCCACUUUACAGGGCACAUCGGGGCAAACCGUAUAUAUAAUAGGAGCCGUUCAGUGUCUGUUUGUGAUCCCCGGAUGCGCGAAAGUCGUUGUCCUUGUUUACGCUCGACUUCCGGCUGCAAGAAGAUAUUUUUUUAUACGAGAUAUUGUAAAA